AUGGCAAUUGCCAGCAAGUGCUGCCCUCCUGCUCCUCAGCUUCCAUGGCUUAUGCUUCAUUCGCAUCCCUACUCACUUAAGGACAAUUGUUUUCUAAGUCUGAGUGAUGAAAAGAUUUACAAAUCAUCAAACCCCACCAAUUCCAUAUGUACUGCACGCUAUUGUGUUGGGUCAGUUGAAGGGUGGUUGAUAAUGGUAGAAAGCGACCUUUGGCGUCCCAAGUGUGUUAUUAUUGAUGAUGAUCCGAGCAGCAAUUUUUAUACGACUGUCAACUUCUUUUUGAAUCCAAUAUCAGGUGCCCAAGUGAUGCUCCCAUCUCAGUCUACCAUUCCAUGCCCUUACAGCUGUUUUAUUUUCUUCUUGGCAAAAGUAGUAGCCUCUUCACCACCAACGAGCUCCCUUCACUCAUGUCUUGUGGCUUGCAUUUGUUCAGGACAUUACAAUUUGGCUUUUUGUAGGCCAACUCAAAAAUCAUGGACCCUCAUUCAUCUGGGGAAUGAGAAUACCGAUCUCUUUUUUCGGGAUAUAGAAAUAAUUGAUCAGAAAAUAUAUGCUGCAACUUGGAAGGCAGGGCAGUUGGCUUUAAUUGUGUUUGACAUCGAUCUAGAUGCUUCUAGCUAUAGGGCUGAAAGGUUUGUCAUUCUUCAUCCUAGGCCUUGCAUGUUUCGAAAUAUUAGAAGAACAGACGGAGUCGAGAAUUAUACUAAAAAUGACGUCAUUUAUCUAGCAAAAGAUUCUGCAUCGAGGGAGUUAUAUAUGAUUUUUCGUACUACCAGUCAUGCUUAUGAUUAUGAUCCAAUAAUUCCUUGGGACAUAUUAGGUGGUAAUUACGUUAUUCCGCCUCAAACUGAAGGAUUCCAAGUGUUCAAGCUUGAUCAUGGUAAUAGUGGCCACUCGUGGAAAGAAGUAUUCGACUUUGGCGAUCAGAUAUUGUUUGUAUGCAACGCCAGCAACAAAUUUAUCUCUGCAACUGACCUUGGUGCCCAUAAUCAUAAGAUAGUAGAAGGAAACUGCAUUUACUUUGCUUUUGAUUAUCCUUAUUUUGGAUCAGCUGGGUUUACAAAGCGCGACUUUGGGAUGUUUUCCAUGACAAACAAGACCAUCAAACCUUUAGCUCUUCCUAAUGACUAUUUUCUUACCAGAUUAGUUGCUCAAUCUGUAUGGUUUACCCCACAUCCUUGGUAG